UUUUUUCCUCCUUCUUCGACUCCACCCAAAUUUCUUUUUCUUAAUUCCCCUUUGCCCUGGAACUUUUAGAACCAAUCCGGCUGCCGUAGGGCGGGGCUACAAGAUGGCGGUCCCCGGUUUUGCUCGUGCUGUGAGGGCGGCGUCAGGAGUCUUACGGCCCCUGAACAUUUUGGUGUCUUCAGCCUAUCAAAACUAUGUCAGGAAUGCCUGUCUCAGUUCUGCACUGUCCGCCCGACAUUUUCGUUCUCUUUCAAUGCCAACUGUUUCCUCUGCUCCUGGACUUAGCACAUGUGUCAGAAACCUGACAUGUGGGCAUACUCCAGCAAUCCUCAACAGAGUGGCCCCCUUGCUUCCAAAUGUCCUGAAGCCACCAGUCAGAACGGUGACGUACUUCAGCUCCCGGAAGGGGAAAAGAAAGACUGUGAAAGCUGUCAUCUAUAGGUUUCUUCGACUUCAUUCCGGCCUGUGGGUGAGGAGGAAGGCUGGUUAUAAGAAAAAAUUAUGGAAAAAGACGGCUGCAAGAAAAAGGCGCUUGAGGGAAUUUGUGUUCUGCAAUAAAACCCAGAGUAAGCUUUUAGAUAAAAUGACAACGGCUUUCUGGAAGAGGCGAAACUGGUAUGCUGAUGAUCCUUACCAGAAGUAUCAUGAUCGGACAAACCUGAAGGUGUAGAUCGAAAGUUUUAUGACUGCCUACCUACUGAAUAUGUAUCUUCACAUAUAUGAUGACUUUGCAAAAUGGAAUAAGUUCAAAACUUGA